AUGAUCGCUGAUAUUGCCAAUUUUCUCGAGUACGACAUUUAUGAUCUAGAGUUAACUGGGGUUAAGAGCAACACUGAGCUGAGGAAGCUUUUGAUUGGGACUACGAAUAAGUCUGUUAUUGUGAUUGAGGACAUCGACUGCUCGCUGGAUCUGACGGACCGGAAAAAGAAGGUGAAGAAAGAGAGCAAGGAAGAGCAAAACCCUGCCAAAGAUGAGAAAGAAAGUGAAGAAAGUCAGGUGACUCUGUCCGGGGUUUUGAAUUUCACAGAUGGCUUGUGGUCCUGUUGCGGCAGCGAAAGAAUUUUUAUUUUUACGACAAAUCAUGUUGAUAGGCUGGACCCUGCGCUUCUUCGGUCGGGGCGCAUGGAUAAGCACAUUCAUUUGUCUUUCUGUACUUUUCCUGCGUUUAAAGUUCUCUCUCGAAAUUAUCUUGAUGUUGAUCAUCAUUUGUUUGACCAAAUUGAGGUGUUGAUGAAAGAAGGGCAGAUGACGCCGGCAGAUGUGACAGAGCAAUUGAUGAAGGCGAGUGACGAUCCAUCUACUGCACUGGAAAAGCUGAUUCAGGCUCUGCGCCAGGCUAUGGAAAAGGCUGCCGUGAAAAAUGAAAUUUCGCGGGAGACUGAAAGUGUAUUAGAGGACAAUAUAGUUGCAGAGGAAUCUCUUCCGGUGGCUGCUAUAAGCACAUAUUUCCAUGCGGCUGUUUAG